AUGGCAACACUGGUGCCGGCGCCGGCGGCCGACCAGAUCGGGGCGAUCAGGGAGGCUCGGUGCCUGCGUUUGAAUUCGUUGUUGGGCCAGUCUGGGCCGAAAUCAGCGCAGGGGUAUAUAAGGAGAGGGGAUGGACGUGCAGAAGAGGGCCGCCGCUAUUGUCACGCUGUGCCAUCCAAACAACAGGUGGACGCCAUGUCCUUCUGCAACUGUUACCAGCAGUGCCACGACGGGUGCAGGCACAGCGUCCCUUGGUGCCUUUGCAACGUCGACUGCGCCGGCAACUAUGACGGCGUUGACAAGAAGGACGCCCUUGCCGCAUGCAUCAUGGUCUGCAGCACGGACUCCAUCUGUGACCCGUCGGUGGCACCAACCUAUACACAUGGUGUUGUGGAUUGUAUAGCUGAGUGCAACAAGAGGUGGGGCAACAAUUAA